GAUCAGUGAAAGAGCCGAAGAUGUUGGCUCGGUCAUGUGAUCAGCUGUGUCCAAUCACAGCUGAUCACUCUGAUCAUCAGGGCACUGAUGAUCAGUGUGCCCUGAUGAUCUGUAUAGUCCCAGCAAUGCCUCCUGCCAGUGCCCAUCAGUGCCACAUUUCAGUGCCUACCAGUGCACAUCAAUGCCACAUAUCAGUGCCCAUCUGAGCUGCCUUUCAGUGUCACCCAUCAGUGCCAGUCAGUGCCACCUAUCAAUGCUGCCAAUCAGUGCCACCUAUCAGUGCCAGUCAGUGCCGCCUAUCAAUGCCAGUCAGUGCCAGCUAUCAGUGUGCAUCAGUGCCGCCUAUCAGUGACCGUCAGUGCUGCCUAUCAG